GUCCAAACAAGAAUACAUUCUUGUGUCUAGAAGUAACAUGGAGCAACGCGGGCCGGCAGUUUGUGCACUGAUCUUAGCACUCAGUGCCUUUGUGCACCAUGGCACAGCUACUGCUGCAGAAGCAGACGGUAAUGUAGCAGGAAUUCUUCCAAAAGGAGGCCACUGCCCACGUCUCCUUAAUGUCGUCCCAUCACACAAAGGGUGUGCGUGUGAUGAAGACUGUCCUGCUGACCACAAAUGCUGUGUCUUUGAUUGUGGAGCCGUCUGUGUCCCACCUGCUUUUACCAAGCCAGGAGUGUGUCCUCGCAGACACUGGGGCUCCGGACCGUGUGCUGAAUUUUGCUCCAAUGACAGUGACUGUCCCAGUGAUGAGAAGUGCUGCCACAAUGGAUGUGGACAUGAGUGCACUGCACCAUACGAAGUGAAGCUGGGUCGCUGUCCCAGUCCCCGGGGAACCCCCAUGUGUGCUGAGUUCUGCCAUCAUGAUGGACAGUGUCCAGGAGAGCAGAAGUGCUGCAAGACGUCUUGUGGCCACGCCUGCAGCGAGCCCUGCUGAUUGGACAGCGCAGCAACUAGGCUACAAAAACAGAAACGUAUCAUUGUGUCACUUUUUCUUUUACCAUUUUCUUAUGUUGUGGUUGCACGGUUUGGUGCAAUAUUUGAUUACUGGAUUGCACAAAGUGGAAGUCUUUGUGGACGACAGUAAAUCUCCUUUAAAUGACAGCAUUUUAUGUUUUUGUACUUUAAGUACACACACACACAAAACAAAUUGUUUUAUACCCUAAAUAUGGAAGAGCAAGAACUUUGGAAUAGCCUGCAGGAUGGAAAUAAUUGGUAGUGUACUAGUCAUAGUCUUUAAAAGACUUUUAGUAUUUUGUGUUCCUCUUGAUUAGUUUGAAACUUGACUUACUUUGAUGCCGAUACAAUGUUGAUCAGUAUUUCUGUAUUGAUUGACUAUAUCGUAUAAAUGAAUCUAAUGAAAACACACUGUACUUGUACAUCAGUUGCUUGUAGCCUAGGAGCAAUGUGUGCUUUAACCAAUAAACAUGUUUCCAGAACCUAGAAAAUUA